AUCUCCCCCCACCCGCCUCCCUGUCAGUGCGGUGGCUGCGCUGGGAAACAUGGCGUCGGAGGGGAUGAUUUUAACGAACCACGACCAUCAAAUCCGCGUCGGGGUUCUCACAGGGUGGUGUUUUGACUUUUGAACGUGAGUGACAGUUGCUUCAGAAACCUUGCAGAAGAUCGCAGUGGGAUAAACCUUAAAGACCUCAUCCAGGAUCCUUCCUUAUUAGGUGGAACUGUAUCUGCAUACAAGAUAGUGCCAGAUGAAAUAGAAGAAAUCAAGGAGACACUGAUAGACUGGUGUGAUGAAAAAGAGCUCAACUUGAUUUUAACAACUGGAGGAACAGGAUUUGCACCAAGAGAUGUCACACCAGAGAAAUUCCCAACAUUCCCAUUUUGUGGGCUCCAGAGAGGGUAUUCCAAGAAGAUGCAAGGACCUUCUGAGAAAGAACCCCAACUUCAAAGCUACUAAAGAAGUAAUAGAACGUGAGGCCCCAGGAAUGGCCUUGGCAAUGCUGAUGGGAUCACUUAAUGUUACACCUCUGGGCAUGCUCUCUAGACCUGUGUGUGGAAUCAGAGGGAAAACUCUCAUAAUUAACCUUCCAGGUAGCAAGAAAGGAUCACAGGAAUGCUUUCAAUUUAUACUACCAGCCCUACCUCAUGCCAUUGAUCUUUUACGGGACGCCAUUGUAAAAGUAAAAGAGGUUCAUGAUGAACUUGAAGAUCUACCUUCACCACCACCACCUCUUUCUCCUCCUCCAACCAUCAGCCCUCACAAGCAGACAGAAGACAAAGGUGUACAGUGUGAGGAAGAGGAGGAAGAGAAAAAAGAUAGUGGUGUUGCUUCAACAGAGGAUAGUUCCUCCUCGCAUAUAACUGCUGCAGCCAUUGCAGCAAAGAAGCAUCCAUCCUAUACCAGUUCUGCUGUUAUCAUGGCAAAAGGUGAACAUCCCAUUCCUGGUCUCAUCUGUUAUCCCUCUCACGCACCAGACAGUGCAGGAGAACCGAUUCCAGAUUCCAUCAUAUCUCGUGGCGUUCAGGUGCUUCCACGAGACACAGCCUCACUUAGCACUACCCCUUCAGAAUCCCCUCGUGCCCAAGCUACUUCUCGCCUCUCUACUGCUUCCUGUCCCACACCAAAACAAAUUAGACGCCCGGAUGAAAGCAAAGGAGUUGCUAGUAGAGUUGGAUCCCUCAAAGCUCGGCUCCCUUCGUGCUCAUCCACCUAUAGUGUUUCUGAGGUCCAAUCCAGGUGCAGCAGUAAGGAGAACAUCCUCCGAGCCAGUCACAGUGCCGUAGACAUUACAAAAGUAGCAAGAAGACAUCGUAUGUCUCCAUUUCCAUUAACAUCUAUGGACAAAGCCUUCAUUACAGUUCUGGAGAUGACUCCAGUGCUUGGAACAGAAAUAAUCAAUUAUCGAGAUGGAAUGGGCAGAGUCCUUGCCCAAGAUGUUUACGCAAAAGACAACCUUCCACCUUUUCCAGCUUCAGUAAAAGAUGGCUAUGCUGUCAGAGCUGCUGAUGGACCAGGGGAUCGUUUCAUCAUUGGGGAAUCCCAAGCUGGUGAGCAACCAACUCAAACUGUAAUGCCUGGUCAAGUAAUGCGAGUUACAACUGGUGCUCCAAUACCCUGUGGUGCUGAUGCUGUGGUGCAAGUGGAAGAUACAGAACUUAUCAGGGAAUCUGAUGAUGGCACUGAAGAACUUGAGGUACGCAUUCUGGUGCAGGCUCGACCGGGUCAAGAUAUCAGGCCUAUAGGACAUGAUAUUAAAAGAGGUGAAUGUGUACUGGCCAAGGGAACCCAUAUGGGCCCAUCAGAGAUAGGUCUGCUAGCAACUGUUGGAGUAACCGAAGUUGAAGUUAACAAGUUUCCAGUAGUUGCUGUAAUGUCUACAGGGAAUGAACUAUUGAAUCCUGAAGAUGACUUGUUACCAGGAAAGAUUAGAGAUAGUAAUCGUUCUACUCUUUUAGCAACAAUUCAAGAGCAUGGAUAUCCGACAAUCAACCUGGGGAUUGUAGGAGAUAACCCAGAUGAUUUACUUAAUGCCUUGAAUGAAGGAAUAAGCCGUGCUGAUGUCAUCAUCACAUCAGGGGGCGUGUCAAUGGGAGAAAAGGACUAUCUUAAACAGGUGCUGGAUAUUGAUCUUCACGCCCAGAUUCAUUUUGGCAGGGUUUUUAUGAAACCAGGGUUACCUACAACCUUUGCAACCUUGGAUAUUGAUGGGGUAAGAAAAAUCAUCUUCGCGCUCCCAGGGAACCCUGUGUCAGCAGUUGUUACCUGCAAUCUUUUUGUUGUCCCAGCACUGAGAAAGAUGCAAGGAAUUCUGGAUCCUCGUCCAACUAUUAUAAAAGCCAGGUUAUCAUGUGAUGUAAAAUUGGACCCUCGUCCAGAAUACCAUCGGUGCAUACUGACUUGGCAUCACCAAGAACCACUGCCUUGGGCACAAAGUACAGGGAAUCAGAUGAGCAGUCGUCUGAUGAGUAUGCGCAGUGCCAAUGGACUGUUGAUGCUACCUCCAAAGACAGAGCAGUAUGUGGAACUUCAUAAGGGAGAGGUGGUUGACGUCAUGGUCAUUGGAAGACUAUGAUGUUACCAGCAGGAGAAAAAGUUUUGAUGCAUGUCCACAUAUCAUUGACUGUAUCCUGUAAUAUGCAACGGCACAGCUAGUUUUUCUGAAUUGGAUAAAAGUUGAUCAGUAUAAACACCUUGAACUAUAUUUCAAAUGGAUUUAAAUAAAUACCUUUUAAAAAAAACUUCAAAAACAAAUCUUAAAAGAAUUUAUUCUGAUUAUAUCAAAGCAACUUUUUCAUUUCUUGCGAUUGCUUUGUGUGUUCAAUGCUAGUUCCAAUAGCAGUAGCUUUUAGUAGACAGCGGUAGGUGCCUGCAGAACUUGUGUUUUUUCUCAUCUUUAAGAUUCAACUACUUAUGCUCUUAAAACAAGGCUGUCUGCUUAUUUAUACUAGUGUAGACAACACUUGGAUUUUCCCUUAUUAGUAUGCUUCAUAACUGCUUCACCGAGAGCUUCUGCUUGUUCUUUAUCGUAUCUCGUGUUGAUGUGCACAGUGCCAAAAGCAGAGUGGCUGCACUGGGAACCCGAUCAAGCCCCAAGGUUUUCCUCCUUGCUGCGCGUUCAGGGAUACCUGUCAUCCCAGCAGCCACCCAGCUCAGUACUAUUGGGCAGUAACUGGAUACCUUUUGUUUAAACAAACAACAACAAAAAAAUUGCUUCCUUAAGUGCUGACAGCCUUUUUAACCAAUACAUUUAAAAUGUACAGAAUUAAAAUCUUUAAAAAAAAAAAUCAAAGACUGAUCUUGUACAGAUAUUAGUGUUACCAGCAUUCAUGUGGAAAUUAAAUAAGAAAUAAAAACUAAUGUUAAACAACUCUGUACCAUAACAUUUUCUGUAAUGAUACUGAAAUUUAAAUGAAUAAAAAAAAAUCCUGAAUCAUUAUUUAAAA